AUGUGCUCAGAGUGUGGUCUUCUCUACAAUACAUUGGAAGAUGUCUUGGUUCACCAACAAAAUCAUGUUGUGCAACGAGUUUACCGCUGUCAAGAAUGCAAGAAAGAGUUCAUUACAGCAAAGUACCUUCGGAAACAUCGCAAAGAACAGCACACCGUGGAGUUUCCAUGCCCUGACUGUGACCGUUUCUUUACUUCUGCCAACCGAUUGCAGUCCCAUCGUCGUGUGCAUGUGGAAGGGAACUUGCAGUGCCCAAAUUGCUACAGAGUGUUCAAGAAGGAGACCUCUUUGGAGAAGCACAUGAGGGUACAUCGGGGGGAGGCUCUCUACCUUUGUGUUGACUGUGGUUUGGGCUUUGGGACGGAGAUUACCUUGAUCUUGCACCGGAAAAGCCAUACAUCGGACCCCCUGCAUCGCUGCCACUGUGGCAAAACUUUCAGUAACAUGACUAAGUUUUUGUAUCACCGAAGGACACAUUCUGGUAAAAGCACUUUUAAGUGUGCUCAAUGCAACAAGGACUUCCCAACCCACUUGAAAAUGAUGCAACACAGACAAGUAGUUCACGCUAUGGAAAGAAAGCACAAAUGCAGCGUCUGUAGCAAGUAUUUCAAGAAACAGGUGCACUUGCGAAACCACAUGCGCACCCACACAGGUGAGCGGCCCUUCCAGUGUACGGACUGUGGCAAGACCUUUGGCUCCUUGGCCAACCUAACACGGCAUCACCUUGUACACACGGGGGAGCGACCCUACAAAUGUGACCUCUGUGGCCGUUCUUUCACUCAGAGCUCUAAUCUGCAGCAACAUCGUGCUCUGCACACUGGCUCCAAUCCAUUCCCUUGUAAGAUCUGUGGAUUAGAAUUCAACAGAGCUUCCAAGCUUGCAUUGCACCAGAUCAGACACACUGGCAUCCUUCCUUACAAAUGCCCCGAUUGUGGUAGGACCUUUUUACGCAAUUCCAGUUUGAAUCUCCAUCUCUUACUCCAUACAGGUCAGCGACCGUUUAAGUGUCAUGUCUGCGGCAAGUGUUUCACCAGCCAGAGAGGCGUAACACGACACCAACAGUGGCAUUCCGGGGUCCGACCCCAUAAGUGCAGCACUUGCGGAAAAGCAUUUGUCGCGUCUUUCAGUUUACAGUUGCACCAGCGUGUUCACACUGGAGAACGCCCAUUUCCCUGCCUGGAUUGUGGUAAAAACUUCCGGCAAGCUGCCCACUUGAGGGAGCACCGCCGCUUACAUACAGGGGAAAGACCGUUUUGCUGCAAGGAUUGUGGCAAGACCUUUGUGCAGUCACUUCACCUGGCAGAACACAGACAUGUCCACAGUAAUGACAGACCUCACUCCUGUCUUGACUGCAACAAGAGCUUCAAAACGCUCUCCAACUUGCGAAGCCACCGCAAAACUCACCAAAAUCUAAUGGUCCAGCCACAACAGACAAUCAUGUGCACAGAACUCGGAGAGCCCAUAGCUAUUAUUGAGAGUGUGGAACCACUGCCCCUGGCUGAGACUAUUGAGAUUUACCAGGCGGCACUGGAAGGAAAUUUGCAGGUGGAAGAUGUGACUUUAUAA